AUGAAUGAAGAACACACAGAUGUAACAAAUGGGUGCAGUAAAGUCAGAACUGGUACUCAGAAUGAGGCUGCCUUAUUGGCUCUUAUGGAAAAGACUGGCUACAACAUGGUUCAAGAAAAUGGACAACGAAAAUUUGGUGGACCUCCACCGGGUUGGGAAGGUCCACCACCACCUCGAGGCUGUGAAGUUUUUGUAGGGAAAAUUCCCCGUGAUAUGUAUGAAGAUGAACUAGUUCCUGUUUUUGAAAGAGCUGGGAAGAUCUAUGAAUUUAGACUGAUGAUGGAAUUUAGUGGUGAGAAUCGUGGAUAUGCAUUUGUAAUGUAUACAACCAAAGAAGAAGCUCAGCUUGCCAUUAGGAUCCUUAAUAAUUAUGAGAUCCGUCCUGGAAAAUUUAUUGGUGUUUGUGUAAGUUUGGAUAACUGCAGACUAUUUAUUGGAGCUAUCCCAAAAGAAAAGAAGAAAGAGGAGAUCUUAGAUGAAAUGAAAAAAGUUACGGAAGGUGUAGUAGAUGUUAUUGUGUAUCCAAGUGCAACUGACAAGACAAAGAAUCGUGGUUUUGCAUUCGUAGAAUAUGAAUCCCACAGAGCUGCAGCUAUGGCACGAAGAAAAUUGAUUCCUGGAACAUUCCAGUUGUGGGGCCAUACUAUUCAGGUUGAUUGGGCAGACCCAGAAAAAGAGGUUGAUGAAGAAACCAUGCAGAGAGUCAAAGUAUUAUAUGUUAGAAACUUGAUGAUCUCAACUACAGAAGAAACAAUUAAGGCUGAAUUUAACAAAUUUAAACCAGGAGCUGUUGAGCGUGUAAAGAAACUUCGAGAUUAUGCUUUUGUUCAUUUUUUCAACCGAGAUGAUGCAGUUGCUGCUAUGUCAGUAAUGAAUGGGAAAUGCAUUGAUGGAGCUAGCAUUGAGGUAACACUGGCCAAGCCAGUAAACAAAGAGAGUACCUGGAGACAACAUCUGAAUGGACAAAUUAGUCCUAGUUCUGAAAACCUCCUUGUCUUUGCAAACAAAGAAGAUGGUCACCAAAAAUCACUACCGAAGCCAGCCAGCCUCCCAAUUCGACUUAAUGGACAGCACAGUCCAAGUCCUCCUGAAAUUGAAAGGUGUACUUACCCAUUUUUUCCUGGAACAAAGCUUACUCCAAUUAGCAUGUACUCAUUAAAAUCUAGUCAUUUUAGUUCUGCAGCAAUGCAGUUAGAUUAUUAUUGCAACAAAAAUAACUGGGCUCCUCCAGAAUAUUACUUGUAUUCAACUACAAGUCAAGAUGGAAAGGUUCUACUAGUGUACAAGAUUGUUAUUCCUACUGUUGCAAAUGGAUCCCAAAGUUAUUUUAUGCCAGACAAACUCUGCACAACAGUAGAAGAUGCAAAAGAAUUAGCAGCACAGUUUGCACUGCUACACUUGGACUACAAUUUCCGUCGAAGUUCAGUAAAUAACAUUUCUCCAGUUAGUGCUACUCUCUCUUCUGGAACAACCAGCAUGUUACCAUAUACAUCCAGACCAUAUUCUUAUCCAAGCUACCCUUUGUCACCAACAAUUCCACUUGCUAAUAGCAACCAUGUUGGACAGCGUCUGUAUAUCUCCAAUCAGGCCUCAUUCUUUUGAAAAAAGAAAAAGCUGGAUGAAAAUGGAAUAUGUUUUAUUUUAUUUUAAAUCUAG